UUUUUGUACAAAUUUUUUAAAAAUACGAAUAAUUGGCCCUCUCGGUAUGUCAGGCAGCAAAACAAGGAACAACAAAGACAAAAACGUAGUAAAUGAUCGCAAUACACAUACUGCCAAUGCAGGAAGUGUAGAUAAGAAAUCGCGAGGUAGAAAUAGUAAAAGGAGUGGAGAUGGUGCGUGUAGCAGUGAACGAAUCGAUGAGUUAAAGCGGAAGAACGUGAUUGAAAGAAAGAGCACGAAGGAGAACGAUCAAAAUGUAGAGAGAGCAAAAAAUGAAGGUGAAUUGGUCAAACAUGAAGAGAGUGGUGAUGUCUCCGUGAAGAACAUGGGAGCAUCGUUAGGGGUGGACGACAGUGCUCCCGUGAAGUACAUCCAGCAAGAAAGCAACAAGUGCACAGGAAAAAAUACUCCACAGCCGAAGCAUAACAAACACGUCAUCACUCAUCCAAAGCUCGAUAAAGAAGUUUUAGCAUGCGAAGGCCAAAAGAAGGAUGACAGAGCGAUGAAGAAGAACGGAUCGGCACCUCUCAAACCAGGAGACAUCGUAUGGUCGAAAUACGAUACGUAUCCACCAUGGCCAUCCAAGAUCACAUCACAUGAAACAACCGUUCUGUUACAAAAAUAUUACAAGAGGAAAGGCGUAGGCGUACUAUUCCUUGGCAGGGAGCUCUCGUAUGGAAUAGUACCGGUUAAAAAUGUUUAUGAUUUUAAUGUUUACUACGACAAGUUUAGGACUGACGAUGAGGAGAUGAGGCAUGCUUUAGGGAUGGUUGGCAAGGAAUUUAAGGAUCCGCCUUUAGAGCUAGGGGAUGAGAACAGUAACGGGGAAAUUGAUGAGAACAAGGAAAAAGAAACGAUUUUACAGAAGAACAAUGAACAGAGAAUGUGUGUGAUUGAGAAUGAAAUAGGAAAGAUUGGUAGUCAAACCAAGCAUAGAAUGAUUACCAGAACAGAAAUGAGAGGCAAAAAGACAAAGAAGAAAGACACAGGAACAGAAAUAAACAAAGAAAUUCAAGCGGAGCUGAGGGGUAUUGAUACUAAAUCGAGCAGAAAGAUUAGUACGGAUGGUGGAACUAAAACGGGUGGUAAACGAGCUAGAGCAGAAAAAAGUGGCGAGCAAAAAGAAGAAGAACACCAAAAUAACUCAGAAAUACAAAAAACAACAGAGAGAAUGCGUACCGUUGAACAGCACAGUACGUACCUGGAAAAAGUGACGGGCACAAGUGACAAAAAGAACGGUGCGAUAAACGGGUGUGAAGAGGGCAAUGGCGGUGUGAAGAGGACGAAGCGUGGUGUGGAAGAGGAUCGCAGUGCUGGGAAUGAUGGGUUGAAAAAGGAGAACGGUGGUGUGAAUGAAAAUAUAGAACAUGGUAAAAAUGACAGGGUAGAGCACGAACAGGAACAUUUUGCUGACGCAAAAGGUGGUAAAGAACGUGACAGGGCACCGCAUGUUGAUGAUCAAACACGAACCAGCAAAGGAAAGAGCCGGGCACACUCGCUGUAUCGUACAAAGAACACCAAUCCUCAAACAGUCACACACUCACUAAAAGCCCUUCUCAAGACCUACCCGGCCAGUACCGGUGGUGUAGACGGUCUUUUUGUUUUUCUUGAGCAACAGAACCACGAGUUCUUCGUGAACAACGCUGAUACGGUGCGUGUGUUAUAUUUGAUAGCGUAUGCAGCUUUUGAAGUUGAUCCUGUUGGUAUUAAAAAUAGGAGUAUGAUAUUGAUCAGGGGUAUGAGCGGUUGGUAGGUGCGGAGCAGUAAAAAGGGUCAGAAAAUGGGAUGGUGCAUUCAAAGUGCAAGGCUCGGUGACGUGAUAGAAGGUGCAGAACGAACAAAUAAACGUGUAUUUAAAUAAAUAAUGGUAUCUUUGC